AUGAGUUUUUCUUCCGUAUCUUCCGCGACGACGACUGCGACGACGACUUCUUCUUCUUCCCUGUCGUCAAAAAGAUCAGCGAAGAUGAUGAUGAUGAUGAAAAAAAAACAAUCGUCAUCAAAGACGAUGAUUACCACCAUAACGCGAGCGGCGGCGGACCGACCGGAGACGACCAGGGUCCCACCGACGAACCCGGAAGGGAUGCCAGUCGUUCCUCCGCAAGACUUAGCCUCUCGACCGAGAAGAAACAGACGAUCGCAAACGGUUCGCAAAGCGUUCCAAGAGACCAUUUUAACGCCGGAUAACUUCAUUUAUCCGAUUUUCGUCCACGACGAAGGCGACGAGAACAUUCCGAUUGGCUCUAUGCCAGGUCAGGAUCGAUUAUCGUUUAAAACUGGGAUGAUUAAGAAAGUCGCGGAAGCGAGAGCGGCUGGGGUGAACCAGGUCGUCGUUUUCCCGAAAACGCCGGAUCGUUUGAAGACGCCGUGCGGGAAGGAAGCGUUUAAUCCGCAAGGUUUGGCGCAACGAUCGAUUUCGUUGUUGAAGGAUACGUUUCCGGAUUUGGAGGUGUACACGGACGUGGCGUUGGAUCCGUACAACACGUUGGGGCACGAUGGUAUGGUUCGAUCGGAUGGGGUGAUUUUGAACGACGAGACGGUGUAUUAUUUGUGCCAACAAGCCGUGUCGCAAGCGAGAGCCGGCGCGGAUGUCAUCUCGCCGUCUGAUAUGAUGGACGGAAGAGUUGGAGCCAUCAGACAAGCGUUGGACGACGAAGGCUUUACGCAUGUGAGCAUCAUGUCGUACACGGCGAAGUAUAACUCGGCGUAUUACGGACCGUUUAGAGAGGCUUUGGAUUCGGCGCCGCCGCCCGGCAGCGAGGGGUGGAAGAUCCCGAAAGAUAAAGCAGAAUACCAAAUGGACCCAGCGAACGUUCGCGAGUGCUUGAGAGAAUCCGCAUUAGACGAAGCGGAGGGGGCGGACAUUAUGAUGGUGAAGCCAGCUGGUGCGUAUUUGGACAUCAUCAAGAUGUUGAAGGACAACACGACGUUGCCGAUUUCGGCGUACCAAGUUUCCGGCGAGUACUCCAUGUUGAAAGCGGCCGCGGCUGCCGGGUACUUGAACGAAAGAGCGGCGGUUUUGGAAUCGUUGAUGGCGAUUAAGCGCGCCGGUGCGGACUUGACGUUGACCUAUUACGCCAUCGAUGCCGCGAGAUGGUUGCAAGACUCUUAA